CUUGGGAGGACCGCGGCUCCCUGGCGGCGGGACCGACCCCGCACCCCGCGGAUGCGCCUGGCGCCCCUGAGCAGCCUUCGCGCCCGCCGCGCCGCCGCCAGGCCGUCGGGCCUCCCAGGCAUUAAUCGCGGGCGCCGCCUGGGUGCCAGGAACCCGCACCCCACCGGGACCAAGCUGCCCAGAUGCGGGCGCCACUCUGCCUGUUGCUGCUCGUGGCCCACGCCGUGGACACGCUCCCAGUGAACCGAAGGAAGAAGCAAGUGGGCACUGGUCUGGGAGGCAACUGCACAGGCUGCAUCAUCUGCUCAGAGGAGAACGGCUGUUCCACCUGCCAGCAGAGGCUCUUCCUGUUCAUCCACCGGGAAGGUAUCCGCCAGUACGGCAAGUGUGUGCAUGAUUGUCCCCAGGGCUACUUCGGCAUCCGCGGCCAGGAGGUCAACAGGUGCAAAAAAUGUGGGGCCACAUGUGAAAGCUGCUUCAGCCAGGACUUCUGCAUCCAGUGCAAGAGGCGGUUUUACCUGUACAAGGGAAAGUGUCUGCCUACCUGCCCACCAGGCACCGCGGCCCAGCCAAGCACACGGGAGUGCCAGGAGGAGUGUGAGCUGGGCCCCUGGGGCAGCUGGAGCCCCUGCAUGCACAACGGGAAGACCUGCGGCUCGGCUUGGGGCUUGGAGACCCGGGUGUGGGAAGCCGGCCGGGCCGGGCGGGAGGAGGCAGCAAACUGCCAGGUGGUGUCCGAAUCAAGGAAAUGUCCCAUUCAGAGGCUCUACCCAGGAGAGAGGAGCCCCAGCCAGAAGAAGGGCCGGAGAGACCGGCGCCCGCGCAAGGAUCGCAAGCUGGACCACAAGGGGGACGUGACACCCCCCACACUGGCAGGAGGAACAGUGGGAGGAGUCUCAGUUUAGACACGCUGAGAAGUAGAUGAGGAAUCUGAGGCUCCCAAAGUAAGGAGUGGAGUGGGAACUCAGAACCUUACCUUCCACCAUGCGGUCACUUCGUGCCCAGGCAGCCACAGGGGCACGUCCCUCUCAGCCUGGAUUGGUGAGCAUCAUGUGGAAGAAAGCCCAGCGCCCCACAGCUGCCUCCAGCUCAGCAUUGUGCAGCAAAGAAGCUUCAUCUGGGAAAGGAACUCCAAAUGACGCUGACAUACAUACCAGAAAAGAUGGUCAACCUCACUCAAAUUAAAGGGCAGUAAAAUCACACUGCUACCAUUUCUCGCCUAUCUGAUUGGGAAAGAGCCA